AUGCCGUUCAUAUCAUCGCCCGGAGGUUUCGUCGACGACGAUGAUGAGGAGGAUUAUGACGAUCUUGCCGCUUUUAGAGAUGAGCAACUGAAGAGCCAGUUUGAGCUGCAAGAGCACACCGCAACAGAGCCAUACUUGAAUCCUACGCUCCCAGAGCAACCGCGGCCUUCCACUAGUCUAUUAGAGCCGACAGACUUCAACCCUACGAAUGUAAUUCCUCAAUUGGAAAUGACAUCUCGACCUGCACCAAAGAAAUUUCAGAUCAAAACAUGCAAUGGGAAGACAUACAGCAUUCCUCUGAAGAAGGCUCAGGCACCUGUUUCGUAUGAGCAGAUGAUCGCUAGUCGGUCUGCAACAGAGCCCGGAAAAGCGAAGAAGAGCUACUAUGGAAUUGACAUCCACAAGUUGAUGGAUGACGCAGCGAAAGAUACAAAGACACCAAAGCCUCCUCCGCUUCCUCCAGUCAAGGCUUCCAUUGAAAGGAACGAGGGGGAUUCAAAACAGAAGAAGCUCGACUCCAUGAUGUGGACUGAGAAAUAUCGCGCUCGUAAAUUCACAGAUCUUAUUGGAGAUGAACGUACUCAUCGCCAGGUACUUCGUUGGCUGAAAGCCUGGGAACCGAUUGUGUUUCCUGGCUUAGCUCGGUCCCGCACGAAGAAAACGGACCGAGAGGACGAUGAAGAACGCACACACCGGAAAGUGCUCCUGCUAAGUGGGCCUCCAGGCCUGGGAAAGACUACCUUAGCUCAUGUGUGUGCCAAACAGGCUGGCUACGAAGUACUUGAGAUCAACGCAAGUGAUGAACGUAGUAGGGAUGUGGUCAAGGGACGAAUCCGAGAUGCAUUGGGAACAGAGAAUGUCAAGGGUUCAAAUGUUGAGGUUGGCGAGAACAAGGUCCGCCGAGCUGCCAAACCUGUCUGUGUUGUGGUGGAUGAGGUUGAUGGCGUCGUUGGCGGAGCUGGCAGUGGCGGCGAAGGUGGUUUCAUGAAAGCUCUCAUCGACCUGGUAAUGCUUGACCAGCGCAACUCCAAAAAAUCUCCCGAAAAUGGUGGACAGCACGGCAAGAAACGAAAGGGUGACAAUUUUCGCUUCCUUCGACCGUUGAUUUUAGUUUGCAACGAUCUAUACCACCCCAGUCUCCGGCCCUUGAGGGCCUCAUCCGUCGCUGAAAUGGUCCAUGUUCGCCAAGCACCAUUGGAGAAUGUUGUCCAGCGGAUCAAGAGUAUUUUUAUCCGAGAAGGCAUCUCCUGUGACGGUGAUGCAGCCCGAAGGCUCUGCGAGGCCGCCUGGGGAUUGUCAGCCAGAAGACAGCGCAACUCUAAGAAUUCAGGGUCUGCCGAGGGCGACAUUCGCAGCGUCCUUGUUGCUGCCGAGGGAGUGGCGCACAAGCUUCGCAACGAACGUCUGGACUCUUUGAGGUUGACUCGGAACUGGCUGGAGCAGCGGGUCCUGAGCGCGUCAACAGAAGGUGGUUCAUUCUCCAAAGAAAUGAGCCGCGGAGGUGUUCGUGAAAUCGUGAAUCGUGUCUUUACCGAGGCUGCAGGAUUCACAGAUGCUCCUGUCGGCAGAGACUCUUUCCAGGACCGAUUCAAUAGCCCUGAUAGCCGGAUCCCAGUGGGUGUAGCCGACUUGCGAAAGCGGCAUGGUAUCAACCGCCUACGAGAGAUGGUUGAUUCUAGCGGCGAGCAUGAUCGCUGUGUCAACGACUGCUUUGCCUCGUAUCCCAUUCAACAAUACCAAGACGAUACCUACCUUUCCAAGCCGAAUGCUGCCUACGAUUGGCUCCAUUUCCAUGACUCAAUCUCCUCGAAGGUACAUUCCUCUCAAGAGUGGGAGUUACAUCCGUAUUUAAGCCAAUCGGUACUUGCGUUCCAUCACCUUUUUGCAACCGCGGGUGGCAAGACUGAAGCUACUGAGAAUGACGAGGACGAUGAUGACGCCGAAGAGGCGCACCCCUUCUCCGGUCCCAAGGCUGAUUUCGCUGCUUUUGAGGCGCAAAAGCAGAACCGGGCCAUCUUGACUGGAUUUCAUUCUUCCUUCUCAGCGCCGCUUGUUCGCUUGUUCCGGUCCCCUGAUAAUGUGACCAUUGAAUUGGUUCCAUAUCUGGUCCGUAUGCUAUCCCCAGACAUCAAGCCAGUCAUUAUCCGAGGCACUGGUGAGUCAAGGAGCACGGCUAGUGUCCGUAAAGAAUCAGAGCGUGUCCUUGUUCAGUCUGCCGUGCGAGUGAUGGGUGGUAUGGGCGUGACAUUCGAGCAAAUUCGAGUGGAGAACGAAGGCGGAAGCCAUGGUGGAUGGGCUUACCGAAUGGAACCACCAAUUGAUUCGCUCGUCGCAUUCUCAAAAACCCAAGGUACCUCCAUGGCAACCUCCAGUGGCAAUGCACCCGUCCGCUAUGCGGUUCGUCAAGCCUUGGACCAGGAAUAUCGCAAAGAGGCCGUACGAAAGCAAUCCGACGUCCUGAAUGCAUCGGCGAAGGGGGCAAGAGCAGCACUUGGUAAAUCCGCGACUGAACAACAAGACGACGCAGCCCAGAGGAUCAGAGAAGGACUCAUCAAACGCGACUUUUUCGGCCGGGUUAUCCAGGAAACUCCGCAACCCAAGGACUUGGGGGAUCAAAAAUAUAACGAUGAAAGCUCAAAAGCUGGCAGGAAAGUCUGGGUUACGUUUCAUGAAGGUUUUUCAAAUGCAGUGCGGAAGCCGAUAUCCAUGGGGGAGCUGUUGACUGGGCUGUGA